AUGGAACUCAAUUAAUAAUUUCUAUAUUAGCUAUAAUUCCUUUUUCAUACGUAAUUGCAAGUCACCUUCUCUAUAACCGUAUUAACCAGCUUGCUCUAAAAUAAAAUAGAAAUUAAUUUGCACAUAAGAACUGCUUAUUUUAUUGUCAAGCACUUAGAAAUGCAUGACUAUACAGAUUUAAGGAGAUCAGUUCUUUAUGAAAGUAUCUACUAAAACCAUUACAAUACAUGCUCAAGAAAAGACUGUUUUUGUGAAUUAUUAAUGAGAGAAAAUGGUUUUUCUUGGGAAGAACUAUAAGGUUUUGUAUACAGAGAUUCCUUUAUUUCUAAAUACUUUGCAUAAAUGUACUCAGAUUACUUAGAUUAAAUAAAAAAAGAUAAUACACUUAAGAAAGAGGAAUACAACUAAGCGUGUUUUAACUAUUUAACAUUUUUGAUUGAAGUUGUUAAUGUGCCAACUAAGGCACUCGCAGAAGUCAUUUAGAUAUCAAACUCAGAAAAAAGUACAUCUUCUAUCAAAGAUUAACUGGUUUUUUAACAAAUCUACGAUCAUGGAGAAAAAAUAUUUUAUAAUUUUUUCAAUAAUCCUACAAUUUACAAUCAAAAGCUCUAGCUCAAUAAAGUUUUAAAAUUUGAUUAACUUUUUUUAAAUACGCAAUUGAGCUUGAAAUAAAGCUUAAUAUAGCUGAGAAAAAUGUUAAUAGAUCUUAGUAAAAAAUAAGUUGAUAUCUCUUAGAUUAAUUAGCAGAUUUAAUAAGUAUAUUCUCUAAAGCAACAAACUCAUGCAACUAUGAGAAAUAUGUAUAGCUACUAUCCUUAAAGUAAAUGGUGUGAAUAAUUAGCUGAUAUAUACUCAAAAUGUUUAGAUCAAUAAAAUAAAAGCCCUCAAGAAUAUCAAAAAGAAGCAAUAUAUCAAAGCAGAUAGCAUUUAAAUUCAUUUAAGAAUAUAGAUAAGGAGAUUAAUUUAUUUUCUAAAGAUGCUUGUGUGAUCAACAUUUCUUUGAUUCAACCUAUUGGAAUUAUCAAAAAUGCGUCUUUUAGUAGUUAGUCAAUAUUUGGGUAUAGUCCUUCAGAAUUAAUUAGCAAAAAUUGCAAUAUAUUGAUUCCCGAUCAGCUUAAUUAAAUUCAUGGCAAUAUCUUAACUAAAUUUGUGAGCAGUGGAGAAAUGAAUAGAAUAGUUUAAGGAUAAUUACAAAUUUUUGGAAUCAAUAAAAGUGGUUUUGCGAUACCUUUGAAUUUAAGAAUUAAGUUAGAUUCACCCCAAUCUAAUUACUUUGGAGCAAGUGCGUUUAUUACAAAAUAGAAUAGUCAAAUAUAUGAUUUUAUUAUUUUUGCUACCUCAGGAAACAUAACUAACUUAACUGAAAAAAUUUACUAUGAAAUAUUUAAGAAUUUCCCUUUUUAAGGUCAUGAAAGAUUAUACUAAAAAUUAGAUUUAUUUAAAAUUUUACCCAUUUUAUAAACACAUUUAAAUUAGAUUUAGAAUAAAAAUUAAAAUCUAAAUAUAGAACAUAAGUCAAUUUUUAUAAGUCCAUAAAGUGAAAAAGCAAUUUCAGUUUUAAGUUAUAAAUAAAAUCAGCCAUUUAAUAGCUUUUUUGAUUUUAUAAAUUUGUGUAAAAAAUUGGAAAGUAAAGAUUUUAAAUUCUAUGAAAUAACAUUUUAAGUUGGUAAGUUAUAAACAUCUUACAAAAAUUUUGAAUUGGGAUUCAUUUAAAUAGUAGAAUUCAAGCAACUAAAGAGAAAAUUUGAAAUUCAAGCUUUAUUAUAGGAAGUGAAAAUUUAAAUUGAAAAAAUCAGAUAAUUUUGUUAAUUAGAAUUAGAUCUUAAUAUAUAAAAUGGUUCUUUGUGUGCUAUAUAAUAAGAGACAGACUAAAAAAAUAUAUUAAGCUUAGCCUAAUUUAAUUAAAAAUAAAGCUUAUUUGAAACUAAAAGUAUUUUGUUCCCUCCAAGUCAAGUUACAAGACCAAGCUUAUCAAGCUAAAUAUCGCAUCUUUCUGGAAUAAAAAUGUUUAGUUAUUAGAGUCAUUCUGAAUUUGGAAGUUACGUAGACCAUAUUGAGUUAAAACAAAUAGAACCCAUUUGUGAUUAGUUAAGUAAUAAUUAGUAUUUAAAUACAAAUAGAAAACUUUUGAAUAACUAAGAUAAAUGCUUAAUUAAUAAUGAGUUUAAUACAGAAUAGUCAUGUGAUUUGCACCUUAAUGUAUUUAGUUCACCAGCUUCAAGCAGAAACAAAUAGGUCAAUUUUUAAGAAAGUAAGUUAUUAUUAAAUGAUGCUAUAUUAGAGGAUGAGAAAAUUGAUAAUGCUUAAAAUAAUGAAGAAGGAUAAAACUAAUCAAACUCAAUAAAUAGUUCAAUAAGUGAAAUGCAUACAUUUAAAUAGACUCUAAAAAAAGCUGUUGCAAGUAGGCGUCAAAGAUAUGAAAUUAUGAAUGAAUUUGUAUCUAUAAUAGCACAUACAGAAUAUAUCAAAAUGUAUAAUAAAAGUAUUAUUUAAAAUACUUUAUAGCAAUAAGAAUUAGCUAUUGUAUUAGCUGAACCUUUAGUAAUUUAAUAGCAUUUCAAAAAUACAGUUAUAGACCUUGAAAACAAUGAUAGAGAUACAUGGUACGGUUAGUAUAUUAGAUCUUAAUAUUAGAAUAUCAUUAUUUUCAAUCAGAGAAAUGAAUCUUCUACAAAGGAUCUAAAAAUGAUAUUUUCUUUUGUUUCAAUGGCUGAAAAUCUUUAUAUGUAUUCACAGAAGUAAACAGAUGUUUAUUUACGUUAUAUUCACUACAACUAAAAGAACAGUAUUGAGAUUUUUCAAAAUAUGGCAGAUCUGUAAAAGUAAGAAUUGGAUAACAAGAUUAAUUAAAUGAAAUCUUUUUAAGUAACUUUUAUAAUUGUGCUUGAAGUUUUAACUCUUCUGAUUGCAAUUUAGGUUAUUCCGAUUUUCUUUUACAUCUAAUACAAAAAGGAGUAAAUACUCAAACUUUUCUGCACAUUUUAGCCGAGUUAGUUAAUAGAAAGAAUUUAAAUGUUAGAAUAUUUCAUAAAUUAAGAUAUGCUUCGAGAUAGCCAUGAUUAAAUUUUACUCACGAAAGGAAUUGAUAACAUAAAAAAAAGAACAGUAUCUUCAACAAAUCAGCUUGAAAAAAUAAAUAAUAAGAUCUUAGCAUUAGUCUCAUUCAUUUUUUGUUUCUUUUCUAUUUAUCCAAUAACAAAUAUUGUCAUUUCAAAUACUUAUAUUGAUGAAUUUAGUUUUAAUUCUAAUGAGCUAAGUUUAUUAUACUCAUUGAGAGGUAGAGCUCCACUAAUUUUGGCAUUUAACUUCCUUAGAUAAACAGCUACUUAUGAAAUGCGUCCUGAUGCUAUAUUAUCUGGCCUAGAUGGAUAGCUUGAAGAUACAUAAAUUUAUAUUAGAAACACAACAAAUAAUUCAUCACAUUAAAUAGAUAUAUCAGACUGCUCUACAAUCUAAAACGGAAUAUGGAACAAAGGAUACCUGCUAGGUCUCUAAUCUCUUACUAACAUUUUAGCUGAUUUUCAGCAAAUGUAUAAAGCUUCGUAAACGACUGAUUAGUUUACUGAGUCUCUUAGCUAUCUAUAUUAAGAAAAUAAUGGAGCUUAGUUUAUAAAAGUUUAUUAAUAUUUAAGAGUAGUUCCAAUGAUGAUUGGAAAUUUUAUGAUUACUGAGAUGAACAAAUUUUAAAGGCUUUUUGAUACCAGAUAAAUAUUUGGUUUAUUCCCUUGUGAAUUUAUUUGCUAAAAUCCUUAUGUCUAUAACUAUGUCAGAAAUGAAUAUUAAAUUUGA